AUGGCGCAUCCCGUUACAUUAGAGACACCAUGUGAUUUUGUGAUGCAAACGAAAUGUAUACCCCCAUCAAAUCUCGCCAUCACUGGGACUAGCGAUGGAUUUGAAGCAAUUUGUGGCUCAAAUAAUAGGACAUAUGAUAGUACAUGUGAAUUCCGUGCAGCUCAGUGUCAACACGAACAAAUGAAGUAUGACCCACUGACUGUAGCACACACUGGCGAAUGUCAAAUUGAUCCAUCAAACUUAGUCAUGGUAAAUUGUUCAAAGUAUAUAAUGUCCAACUCUGGUUUGGCCAUAGAGGGAGGCAACAUGUAUCCACACAUGCAGGGCUGUCCUAAAGAUUAUCGCCCUAUAUGUGCUAUGGACGGCAGAACUUUCUCUAACGAAUGUGGUUUAUGUAAUUACCUGUUGGCAACACACCAUCUAUCAACCAACACAUUUGUUACGUAUGCGCUACACGAGGGGCGUUGCACAUCAGCCGAAAUCUUUGGAUAAUCUAAAUACAUUAUUCAUCUUCUGUUAUGUAUGUUAUGCUAACAAAUAAAUAGUCUCUGUGAAAAA